AUGUCUGAAAGAAUUUUCAUCGGAAAUGAGGCAGACAAAAACUUAAAACGCAAAAUGAUUGAAGAAUCAAACUCAAAACUGAGGAAGGAAUCAAAAAAUAUAACACCAUCCUCUGAAGCUGAUUCCGAGAAGGAUUUACUUGGUAAUAACAACAAGUCAACUUCCAUUCUGUUAGAGAAUGGUGAUCAUUCAAGUUCUUCUCAAAAUGUUAUUGCUAAAGUUUUACCUGAGCAAGAAGUGAAGAAAUUUUCUUGUCUUUUUUGUGACAAGAAGUUCUCAACUUCUCAAGCGCUUGGGGGACAUCAAAACGCUCAUAAGCAUGAGCGUGUCAUGAAAAAACUUGAACGAAAAAUGAGGGAGGAAGAAAUGGAUUCGGCCAUAAGGUAUCGAACUGGUUUUCCAUACCCUUAUCCUUAUUCAAGCCCUAUUCACUAUCAAGGGUAUCCUUAUUUUCGUGGAAAUUUGCAGCAACCAAUUGGCAAUCAUAUGAACAAUAUCAUGCCUUCUUGGCUUGGUUCUCCAUUUGGUGGCUAUGGAGGGAUGUAUAUGCCGAAUAAAUCUGCCCUGCCAACUCCGUUUGUGAUGUCAAUGCCAAAGGCACCCAUCACAUCACAACAAUUUGGGAUGGCUAAUUUUUUUGGUGGAAAUCAAACUCUUCCGCUUCCAAAUCCUCAAAGGUCAAACAAUGUGGAAUUGAGACUUUCUGUUCAAGCUAAUCAAACUCCUUUUUCUGGUGAGGGUGCAGAAGGAAGCUCCAAUGCUCAAUUUCCUUCAUGUGAUCUUCCAAUAGAAACUCGUGAUUUUAUUGGAGAAAGUCAACUUCUAGAAGAGCCUCGUGCGUGUUCAUCAUCAACAUUAGAGGAACUCGACUUGAAUCUCAAACUUUAA